AGUAGUAGUGCUGUCAUGGCGGGCCUGCGAGGAGCUCGAGCGCUCUGGGGCAGAGUGGCGGGGAGCGCGAGCCGGGGCGGGCUGAGAACGGGCGCGUGCGUGGGGGCCGCGGCGCUGACGGGGGCGGGCGCGCUGUACCUGUGGAGUCAGCGGGGAGCGCGCGGGGCCGCGGAGCCACAGCGCUGGGGGGCACUGAGCCUACUUCCGUCCCUGCGCGCGCGAGGUCACGAGCACGAGCAGCAGGAGGAGGCUCAGUCAUUUGCCUUUGAGGACAUGGACGUCUCCAUGUCGUCUCACGAGUACCGCUUUCGUCUCUUCAGCUCUGUGGAGUAUGAGGGACAGCUGUACAUGACCCCCCAGAACUUCAUCGAGUCCGUCACCACCAGCCAACCACGGAAUAAAAAACCAUGGAGGUCCCUCACUAAACAGGAGCUGGAGAAGAUCCUGGCAGACACUCCUCCAGUGUGGAAAGGAACGUCCAAGCUGUUCCGGAACCUUCGGGAGCGAGGACUCAUCGCUUAUACAGAGUAUCUCUUCCUGCUCUGCAUCCUGACAAAGCCUCACGCCGGCUUUAAGAUCGCUUUCAACAUGUUCGACGCAGACGGCAACCAGAUGGUGGACAAGCGAGAAUUUCUGGUGCUGCAGGAAAUCUUCCGGAAGAAGAACGAGAAGAGAGGACGGAAGGGAGACUUGGAGAAGUCGGCUCAGCUGAGCAUGCAGCUCUAUGGAUAUCAGGUUGCCCCCGUCAACAGCGCGAUGAAAAAAGACAGCCAAAGAGAAUUUGUGGCACGGAGCUACUGGGACAUGUUGAGACGAGGCGCCAGCCAAGCCCUAUUUUCUGACCUGGCAGAGCGCACAGAUGACAGCAUGAUGAUUGACACCACGCUGCUGGUGCACUUCUUCGGGAAGAAGGGGAAGGCGGAGCUAACGUUCCAUGAUUUCUACAGGUUCAUGGAUAACCUCCAGACCGAAGUUUUGGAGAUUGAGUUCCUAACCUACUCUAAAGGUAUGACCACCAUCAGCGAGGAGGACUUCGCUCGGAUCCUGCUACGCUACACCAAUGUGGAGGACAUCCGAAGCUACCUGGAGAACGUUCGCCAGAGCAUACCUGAUGAAAAGGGCAUCACGUUCGACGAGUUCAGGUCCUUCUUUCAGUUCCUCAACAACCUGGAGGACUUCGCCAUCGCUAUGCAGAUGUACAAUUUCGCCAGCCGUUCCAUCGGACAAGAGGAGUUUGGGAGAGCAGUGUAUGUGGCGACGGGGCUGAAGCUCACACGGCACCUGGUGAACACCAUCUUUAAAAUCUUUGACGUCGACCACGAUGAUCAGCUGAGCUACAAAGAGUUUAUCGGCAUUAUGAAGGAUAGACUGCACCGUGGAUCCAGGGGCUAUAAGGCUGUAGAGCGUCACACUUCCUUUAGGUCCUGUCUGAAGAAGGAACUGGCUGGAAGCAGGUGAACAGUGGACCUUUCUUUACCUGUGUUCGCUCGGAGGCCGGGAAGCACGUCCGUCAGCUCUGGAGGCGGUUCAGCGACGUGACCUAACUUCAUCAUCAUCGUCAUCAUCAUCAUCAUCAUCAUUGUGUUCAUCGUUAUCACAAUUAUCUUCAGGGGUGCCUUUGAAGUCCAUGAAGGAAACCAGCUGCAACAAUUCGCCUCAAUCCAGCCUCCAUUAUGUCCUGCAUGUAGCAGCAAAGCCUUGCAUGACUUUCCUCACUUUCCUUUUUUUUCUUCCUUCCUUUACAUAAUAAUGCUUCCACUGAGACUGGAUUGAAAUUGUCUGGCUGGAAUUUGCACUAUUGAUGGUCAGUAAUCUGCAAAAAAAUCUUACAGAACACUCAUAAUUCCAGUUGUACUCAACAUUAUGCAGUUCAUUGCUUUUCUAUGGGUUGGAUUAUUGGGCAGGGAUUAUGCCUGAAUUAUAAAUCUCCAUUCGACUAACUAGGCUUAAUCCCUGUCUGGAAAACCAACCCUUUAUUUAUCCAGUGCAUCAGAAGUCCUGUUCACACUCAUUUAAUGAGAUAUGACAGCAAUUUACAGCAACAACAUCAAUGCUAAUUGUUAAGCGAAAGCUUGGCUAUAGAGGUGCAUCUAAAAAAAGGCCUAGAAAGUUUAUUUAUUUCAUUUAUUUACGUAAUUAAAUUAAAUUUCCGUACUUUUAAAGUGCUCUAAAAUGUUCUGGUAGAUGCUGUGCUGAUUUUGGACUUGAUAUAUAUAUAUAUAUAUAGAACACAGUGGAUCAACACCAGCAGAUGAUCAGCAUGACUCUACAAACCAUCACUGAUUGGUGGAAACUUCACACUAGAUCUCUCCACUCUUCCUCCAGACUCUGCUAGACUCUCCUAGAUUUACUUUAAAUGAAAUGUAAAAUUUACUGAUGAUCAGUGACUUGGGUUUUAGGUUUUUAUUAGCUGCAUAAGCCAUUGUCAUCAACAUUAACAGAAAUUGCUGAAAAAAAAUCACUUUAAUGUGAUCCAUUUUUAUGUUAUUGAAUUGUUUGGAUUAAGACAAAAAAAAAUAAAUAAAUAAAUGAAUGAAAUUCAAACUGGCAAACAAUGAUUGUUGAAGAAGUGAUGAUUGAAUAAAUCAGCAUUAAUAAAGAGCAUUAACACAGUCUACAACACAGCCUACACAAGUGGCUAAUGCCAUGAUAAACAUUUAUAGGAGUUGCGCAUUAGACUAUAGUAAACAAAAUAUAUAUAUAUAUUUUUUGCAGUGCCUAUGCUUUCCUAUGAUGCAGAUUAAAUGCAUAGAUGUGGGUGAUCUGCUAAAAUAUUCUAUAUAAAUAAUAUUUAAAGACCUUUUUUCUAACAUCCAUUAACAUAAAAGCAUCUCAUCACAUCAGAUGAGUGUGAACUGGGUUUAAAGUGCACUGGAACAGUUAAUUUUGCACCUGCUGCUGCUGCUGUUAACGAUAGGGGUGUAACGAUGCACUCUGCUCACAAUUCACGAUUCUGGAUUCACAAUUUGAUUUUCUCACAAUACGAUAAGGAGACUUUUUCUUCCUUUUUAUUUUUAAAGUGUAAAAACAGUGAAAAAUUCAUUUAAACAGAUUACUGUCAUGUUUAAUUUCUCAAUUAGUCACUUGUUUAUUUAAGCAAUUCAAAGUUAAGGUAUCAUUAUCUAAGCAGACAGUCACAAAGAAAAUAUAAAAAAAUCAAUUAAUAUACAUUAAAUACAUUAUUGGAAAACUAUUGUUCCUUUUGGCUUGGCUCUAAUAAAGUAACUGACCUAUCCUCCGCUCUUAGCUUACGCCCACUGGAUCUUUGGCCUGCACUAGUGUGAUUGUGACUUCUGGUGUUCAGACAAUGCAACUGCAUAACAUUUCAUGAACAGAAUUUUUUCUAUUGUGAUGCAUCGUGCAACAAUGCAUUGUUACACCCCUAGUUAACAAUACUACACAUGGUGCACUUUGGUGCACUUUUAUUUACUGUUACAUUCAAAAACACUAUAUAUGCAUAUAUACAUAUUUAUAUGUGAAUUUCAUUUCAGAACAAUGUAUAAUUAAACGGGGCACAAUUGUAGGACUGAAGGAAGGACAACAUAUAUAUAUAUAUAUACAUAUAUAUACAUAUAUAUACAUAUAUCUAAAAAGCUGCUGGAUCAAAUAUUUAAAGAUUUAAAGGUGGAUAAUGAAUGAACGACGCACAAUUAGUUGCUAAGAAAAAAAGCUUUCAAAGUUAAAAGAAAGUAGUUCAAUAUGAUGUUUACUUUUGUUCACAACUUAUAUAUAUAUUGCUUAACACAGAUGCCUCAUUAUAUGAGCAAAUAUAGCUCAACACUAAUGCUUUUCAUUAAUGCUUAUAUUUAACCUGUAUGCUCAUAUAUUUAACCUUGUUAGCCAUGCUCAGUUUUGGUUACUCCUAGUUAGAACGUUUUUGAGUUUGAACAUUCCUUGUAGCUUCUUUAUAAUCUAGAAGUGUAGUAGCACUACUUUAGCAUCAUUGUGCUAACCGGUUAGCUGUGUGAAGGAGAACUACAUUAUGAAGUAUGCAUUCCUCUGUUACAAAUCCAAAGAACUGUACUUAUUUCCUGUUUUUGCUUGUUUAGUUUUGUCUGUGUGUUUAUGGUGGGUUAUGAAGUACAAUGAUAUCAAUCAUUUAAUUUAUCUUUUUUUUUUUUUUCUCGCAGUUGUUACAUUUGCACGGCCUUGCACUAAUAAAUAUAAUGUAUCCCAAA